UCAUUAUUGUUAACAAUUUAUUAUUCUUUUUUUUUUAAGAUGUUUCUAUAUAUAAAUGAGGAAUCUUUAAACGUGAUUUAAUUCAACCUUCAUUCAUCUAGAGAAAACAUAUUAUUACUAUACAGAAAAAAAGUAUAAUUUGGACUACUGUUUAAUUAUGGAGGACCAUAUAAAAAAUCUGAUUUUUGAAAGAUAUGCUCACAAAGUGAAAGAUGAAUCAUACAAGGAUUUUAAAAUUUUAGUUAUGAAAGAAAAUAAGACGGAUUCAAAAAACGAUUUAAAAAAAAAUAUCGAAGUUGAUAAAAUAAAUUCAAAAGAGAUUACAAAUAUUAUAGUUAUUGAUAAAUCAGGUUCUAUGAGAUCUUUUUUAUUUCUGUUCAAAGAUGCUUGGAAUGAUAUAAUUUCACCAGAACUGGAUAAUAAAAAAUCAAAUAAUAUAAUAUAUACGUUUGAUGAAGAGAUAAGACAUGUAAAAACCCUAACCAAGGAAUCAUCAAGAUUACCUCGAAUUAUUGGAUAUGGUGUAACAAAUUUAUAUGGAGCAAUUCUUGCCACGUAUGAAGAAAUAAAAAAGUCGGAGACGUUAAUAACUAACAUAUUUUUCAUUACUGAUGGUGAACAUAAUUUGGGUCUUAGAAUAAGAGAUGACAGUAUAGAUUUUAAUUAUGUGUGUGAAAUAUUAAGAAGACCUGAAAAAAUAUGUAAUUUUUAUUUGUUAGGCGUUGGAAUGAACUUUCCAGUGAUAAUUUCUAUAAACCUAAAAAAAAUUUUACAUACUGGAAAUGAGAAUAACGAAUCUUUUAUUUCGUUUCAACAGGAAGAUGUAAAUGAAGUCACAGAAAAACUUCAUAAAUUGGCAUCAACGAUAAAAAAAAAUAAUAUUAUAACAAAAUUUAGAUUAAUAAAAGAUCCCGGCUUUUUACUGCCAGAUUUUAAAAACGGUAGAUUUGAUUUUGCCGUGGAUAAUUAUAUAUUUAUGCCACACAAUAACAACUGUAAUUUUAUAGAAGUUGAGUUUUUAAAUAAAAAAGAAAAUAGUAAAAUAGCAAAAAAAAAUAUACCAGUAAUAGAUAAAGAAAUGACCCUUAAAGAUCUACAGAAUCUAGUUCCGCAAUAUAAUACUACUAUUGUAAAUGAACUUUAUAAUAAAUUGAAAAUCUCAUUAUUAUGCCAAGAAUAUAGAGAUUUACUAACUCCAACUUUUUGUGAUUCAUUACUAAGGUUAUUACUCAUUCUAAAAAAUAUAGUGAACAAUUUCAUGUUGAGUUAUACAAAUACUAAAGAAAAAAGAAAGUACGAAAAUCUCUGCAAAAAAAAUAAAAGGAUUAAAAUUAUUCCAAAGGAUGAAAAAGAUGAAAAAUUUAUUGUAACAAAAAAGAAUAAUGAAGAAAAAAAUGAAAGACUCACAAUAAUGAAAAGAAUGAAGAAAUUGUUGCAAGAAAAAAAAGAUGAAAAGCUUGAUAAACAAAAAAAUGCAAGUGAAUUUAAUGUAAGUGGACUUUAUGAAAAUUUAAUAUUAUCGAUUGAAAAAAUUGAAAGUAUUAUAAAAGAUGGCAAAUUAUUUAAUUCGUAUAAUAUUGUCGAGUCUAUUCUAGAAUCUACCAUUAGAAUGAGCGGUAAACUAACAAAAAAAGGAAUGAAACUAAAAGGCGAUACUGAUGAAAAAUAUGCAAAAGACAAAGAAAAAUUUAUAAAUAUUUAUAGUGCCUUAAAAGAAAAAAUAAAUAAAUUUGAUGCAUUUAAAGAAAAUAUAAAUUGUAGAAUAACGUUGACCUCAACAAUUUUAGAUAUGCAAGAUCCUGAAUUCCAAAAUUUGUUGCAAAAUACUUCAAAAUUUAAUUUUUUAAAAAAUUUUACAAUUACGGGAAUUCCUGCUAAAAUUUUUAUAACACCGAGAUUAUUAUUAAAUCCGUGGGGGUUGAAAAUAUUAAACAUAGUAAGUGCACCAUAUGAUAUUUUAAGUCAAAUUGCUCUUGAAAAUUCUUUAAUUAAGUGUGCUAAAAGUCAAGCAGAUGAAAAUUCAGAUAUAGAUUUUGAUUAUUCAGAUUUUGAAUCUGAUUUUAAUGUUCCUGAAAGAAACUUUACUUAUUAUUUUUCUAGUACACUUGAUGAAUUUGAUGAUAAUGAAUUUGCUUUGCCUAAUAUUAAUUCUUUUCAUACAUCUAACAUUCCUAUUAAUCAACAAUUGCUUGACAUAUCAGAUGAUCAAAAUAUUUUACUUGACGAAUUGAAUGAUAACAAUAUUUUACUUGAUGCAUCAGAUGAUCAAAAAUCUUUGCCAGAUAUAACAGAAUCUACAAGUUAUAAACUCUGGAAAUUAACAGAGAUUCUAAAUAAGAAUAUUAAUGAACAGACUUAUGCGUCUAUUAAUUGGAACAGUGAUGAUAUUCAAUAUAAUUCAAUUAUACCUAUUUUUUCUGAAAAAGUCAUUGAAGUAAUUGGCCCUUUAAUUAAUACUGAAAUUUUUGCAAGACUAAUUACUUUUUCUGUAAUUAGAAAUCCAUUGGUUAUUGAUUAUAAUAUUCAUAUGGCUAGUCUUUGUUCACUUUGGUUCAAAUUAAUUUUUUAUAAAAUAGACUUUCCAAAUCAAAAAUCCUUUUUUCAGAGUAAAAUAAAUGAUGUCAUUCAUACUGCAAAAAUUUAUAAAGACAGAAUGCCGUAUAAAAGAAUGUGGAUGUUAAUUUCAAAAGCAGAUACUCUCCCAAAAGCCUUUUUAACAGAAUUCACACAUAUAGAUAAUAAAAUAUACAGAUGUGAAACAUUAUCAAAAGUAAUGUUUCUUACAUAUAUAUAUUGUAAAUUAAAAGAACCUUUUGAAUGUGUUGAUAAAUUUUUAGAUUCUAUGGAAAGUGAUUCAGCUUAUAGUUUUGAUAGUCUUAAAAUUUCUAGUGAUGUGGAAAAUGAUUAUUUUUCAGAAAAUAUUGAUCAUAGCGAAAUUCUAGAUGUACGAUUUGAUUUAAAAAAGUAUUUCAAAUAUUUAUUUAUUGAAUUUUUAGGACGAAAUUUUGAAAUUAAAAAAAAUAAAUAUCCAUAUUUAACUUUUUUUACAGAAAUAGAAAAUAUUAAUCUUGAAAUAUUUUUUAGCAAAAUAAAAAGAGAUUUUAAAAUAAAUUGUGAAGAAAUAUAUACAUUGACUACCUAUAUAGAGAAAAUUAAAAUUUUUCUGGAUUUAAAAGUAUACGAUUUUGUAAUAACUAUUGUGGAAAACGAAGAUUUUAUUAAAUACAGCAAUUUUUCUGCUCUUAGAAAGAUAAAAAAAAUAAACUAUAACUUAUCAGGAGUCAAUUUUAUAAUUAUAGAGAAAUUUUUUGCAGAGAUGGGCAUAGAAAAAGAAACUCUUUAUGAUCAUACUACUUAUGCAAUUUCAGUAGUUCAAGCAAUAAAUAAUACAAGUUCAAAAGACCGAAUGUUAACACCAUUACAAGCAUACGAAGAUUGCAUUCCUAUUAUUGAAAAAGAAGUAAAAAAAGAACUAAAAAAAUAUAUAGUUGAAUCUGAGGCACACAAAAAAUUUAUUAAUACUUUAACAGAAAGGUGGAUUGAAUUUUAUGAUAAUAUACAUGAUCCUAUUAUUAUAAAACCUAUGAAAAUAGAUGAAGUUGUUAAAAAGGCAAAGGAAUUAUAUUAUACAAAUUUAUCGGAUGAAAUAAUCAAAAAGAAAUUUCAAUAUAAUGAACAUACUGGAUUAUUAAGAAAUGCUUGUCAAAAUGAAAAAUGUCCAUUUUUUCUUUAUCCAAAUAAUUUUUAUAACGAACAUGCAAAAACAGAAAGGAGAAAACGUAAUAACUCAAUACAAUUUCCUCAUUCUUUGCAUCUUGUUUCUCGCAUUAACAAAUUAGAAAAUGAUACAAUAAAAAGCGAAGAUAAAUUAAAAGAUAAUGGGCUCAGUGAAAAUAUUAUAACUUAUUAUAGAAACGAUAUUAAAAAAUUACAAGAUAUUUAUAAAAAUGAGUUUUAAUUAAUAAAAUUUUUUUUUGAUUACUUUAUUGUAUAUUAAGAUCUGUUUAUUUUGUUGAAAUUGUUGUGUAUUGCAUAUUAAAUUUCAUUCAAUUUUAUGUCUCUAUCUUGUUGCAAUUAUUGUGUAUUGCAUAUUUUUUGUAUUUCAAAGAUUUGUGUCCUUAUUAUUAUGUAUUAUUACUAUACAUUUUAUUAUACAUUUAUUGUACAUUCAUGGGAAUUACAAAAUUUAAAAUUUUAUUGCAUUUUAUUAUAGUGUGCAUUAUAAAUGUAUUUAUGUAUGAUCUUAAAAAUUUUACUAUAAAGAAUAAAAGAAAUAUUUGUUAAGUUGCUUUUUUUUUACUUUAUUAAUAGAACGAGGAAAAAAAUGGUAUUUUCAAUACUGCUAUUUAUAUAUAGUCGUGUGGAAUUAGAAAGACCAUUCACAUUUGGACCAUUACAUAAAUCACAUUAAUUUUAUAGAUAAAAUUUUAUUAAACGGAUAAAAUGAAUACUGCUACAUCAAGAAAGUUUUUACAUUAUGACAGCUUAAAAUUUGAAAAAGAACGUUUGAAAACUUUUAUAAAUUGGCCUAUAGAAUGGCUAAAGCCAAUUGAUUUAGCACUUGAUGGAUUUUAUUAUCUUAGAAAAGAUGACCAUUGUGCUUGUGUUUUUUGUCGAGGUAUUGUAGGUGAAUGGGAGAAAGAUGAUAUACCUAGAAAUGAACACAAAAAACAUUUUCCAAAUUGUCCAUUUAUAAGAGGACUGCCUGUUGGAAAUAUUCCAAUGAAAUUUGAUAAAAUAUUUGACGAUAAAUAUUUAUCGUUUGUUUCUAACUCACAAAAUAAAAUGGUAGAAAUAGAUAUUUGUGAACCUAUAAAAUAUACAUUAUAUCUACCUCAACAUAAUAGUCCUAGACGAACAGAUUACUUAAUGUAUGAAGAAAGACUAAAAAGUUACGCUCAAUGGUCACAAGACAUUAAGCAAGAUCCUAAAAAAUUAGCAGAAGCAGGAUUUUUUUAUUGUGGUUUGAGUGAUCACGUACGAUGUUUCCAUUGUGGAAAUGGAUUACGUAAUUGGAUGCCUAAUACCCUACCUUGGAAUGAACACGCUCGUUGGUUCCCAGAAUGUACAUUUUUGCUUCUAAUAAAAGGGCAAGAUUUCAUUGAUAAGAUUCAAGAUGAAGUAAAAGUUAUGGUUGACGAAUCAGUGGCAUCAUUAGAUAGUUGUUCAUCUAUAAUUAAAAUCAGUAAAAGUGAUUUAAAUGAUUUAAUGGAAUUAGAUAUUAUGCAAGCUGUUAUUUCUAUGGGAUUUCCACAAGAUAAAGUAAAAGAUGCUCUAGAACGAAGAAUUGAACAAACUAAACAACCAUUCUUCGAAAUUAAAGAUUGUAUUGAAAAAACUUUACAAUGCAUGGAAAAAGAAUUAUAUAAAAAUAAAAAUUCAGUUCAAAAUAGAGAUAUAUCUAUUAUUGAAAAUAAAAAUUUACAUCAAAAUAAUGUUGAAGAUACUGAAAAUAAAAAUUUACAUCAAAAUAAUGUUGAAGAUACAUCUAUCAUUGAAAAUAAAAAUUUAUGUCUAAGUAAUGGAGAAAUAUCUGUUAUUGAAGAUAAAAAUUUGCAUCAAAGUAGCAAUGUUGAAAACAAAAAUUUACAUAAAAAUAUUGAAAAUCCAUGCGAAAAAUUUAAAUCAGAAGAUAAAAUAGAAAAUGUCUGUAAAAUUUGUAUGGAUUUAAAAAGAGAAAUUGUAUUUUUACCAUGUUUUCAUAUGAUUUCGUGUUCUUUAUGUUCUACAGUAUUAGAACUAUGUCCAAUUUGUAGGAAACCAAUAAAAGCCAUAAUAAAACCAAUUAUAUCCUAAGUAUAUUUAACUUGUAUUUUUUUUUAAUUUUUGAUGCUAUUCAAAUGGGCAACAUCAUAAUCUACAGAACCUUCCAAUAAUAACAUUUUUAUAGAAUUACAAAAUAUGGCAUUAUCCAAAAUAUCGGAAGAUCUUAUUUUCUUAUAUUUAAAUAAUAAAUUUUCGUAGCUAAUAUUGUUUAAUAUAAU